AUCUUAGGUAUGUUCAUAGAGACCGGUUAAUACUGAAGACCUGGCUGUAUGUCUAUGAAGCAUUCUUAGAGCCUGAAAAAGGUUUAACAAACUGAGCUGCUGAACUGAGCUGUGUGACGGAGGGUCAGAGAACAGAGGUUGAGACAACAGAGAGGCUCAAAACAAAGAGGCUUGUACUGGGUUGUUGCGUGCCCAACGGGAGCUGCAGGUGUAUAUAUCAGGGAAAGCAACACAGGCAGACAGACUGAGGUAACUGGAGCAGGCCCUGACACUCCCUCCAGGACAGACUGAGAGAGAGAGGCCCUGACACUCCCUCCAGGACAUACUGAGAGAGAGAGAGAGAGAGAGAGAGGCCCUGACACUCCCUCCAGGACAGACUGAGAGAGAGAGAGACGCUCUGAGGUACCGACUUGCAGGACUUCUCCUACAGGGUCACCCAGCACAACAUGCAGGGGGAGAGUGAACACGAACACCAAGACGAUAACAUGGAAGCCACUGCCGUUAAAGAGACAAGGACUGUAUCCAGCCAUAGCAACCCUAUCAACCCUAGCAACCCUAUCAACCCGAGCAACCAUAGCGCGACUGCGGAGCAAGGCCGAGACUCAGUCAACCGUAACGGCCGCACCAGAGGGACGUUGUCCCCCACGGAGGUUGCGUCUCUACGGGGUCUCAGGAAGACGCAGAGCAGCUCGUUGGAGGAGGAAGAGAAGGUCUCCGGGACCAAUAAGAGGACGGUGCUGUCCAGAGGAUCUAAUCUAACCCGCUCCGGGAGUGUCAAGGACCUGAUUCACAAGUUCUCGGGCUCCUCGUCAGUCAAUGAAAACGACUCACCGGUUCUGUCAAUGGGCGGAUCCCUGCCCGAAAACUCUAACCGGCCAAUCAGGAUGUCCACGGCCAGAACUGUGGAGGUACUGGCCUAUCAGAACUCCCAGUCCAACCCAAACACAGCCACUCCCAGUAGUACCACAGUACAGACACAGAGCCCAGGCAGGAUGUCCACGGCCAAGUCCACCUCCCAGUCCAACCCAGCCAUUCACAGCAGCAGCGCCGUAGAGAACCAGAACCCGGUACCUUCUAUCGAACUAACCCCUCCACCCAUGGAGUCUCAGCCCGGCCUUAAGGGGACGAAGACAGGCUCACCACAGCCCAGGAGUCCUUCAGACAGUCAUUCCCAGAAGGGCGAGGGCCAGAACCAGGGUGGCUCUCACAAAGAUUCCAUGGCAGGCUCUGGAUUGGCUUCGGAAUCAGACUUUAAUCCCAACAAGAGGCCUGAAAGUCCCCCGUCUGAAGACGAGCCAUCCAAUCCCAUCAAAGUCCGCCAGAACCCCAAAUACCAGCUGUACCUGAGUGGAGACGUGCCGGGGAACGGAUCCAGGGAUACGAAUGGAACAUUUGGGGGAGAGAACGUGAACGGGAUGGAACCCAGGAACAGUUCCCGUUGGGACAGCGCUAGUUCCAGAUUCGGGCCAAACUAUCACGGGUCCCUGGAAUCUCUGGCCUCUCGGGACUGGGACACCAUGUCGGACAGGCUGGGAGGUUUUGAGAGUCCUCCCAGGGUGUUCAACAGUCCCUACGCUACAGCGGCUUCCACGGACUACAACCCUGGCAUGUACCGGAUGUCAGAGUAUAAGGAGGGGUUGUCUCCAGCCACAUCAGAGCUGAACCUGUUCAACAGCUACAACAGCAGGAGUACCAGCCCUGUGCCCUCCUUCACCCGGACUGUGACCGCCCCACGUGCACCCUUCUCAACCUACGACACCAUCAGGAGGCGGGACCAGCAGGGGAUGUCAAGCCAACUCCACAUGCGUUCCACUGUGUCGUCUGUCGCUAUGCCCAACAAGAGAGACUACAUCGAGGAGUUGACCAGGCAGUUGGAUGCCUGUCAGAAGAGGAACCAGUUCCUGGAGGCAGAGAGCGUAGAGAUGGACAAGGAGAGGAACCAGAUCAGGUUGGAGAUGAGAAGCCUGUUGGUGAACAACGAGGACCUUCUCAGAACCAACAGUACCCUGCAGAUGGAGAUGAGUAGGAUGAGGAUGAGGAUGGUAGAGCUGGAGAGAGACAACACGGCCAUGACGGAACGCUUCAGAGUUAUGGAGGUAGGCUUCUGGACUACACAGAAACUACACUGUACCACUGGACUACACAGAAACUACACUAACACUGGACUACACAGAAACUACACUGUAUCACUGGACUACACAGAAACUACACAGUAA